CCAAGCCCCCGGGAGCUGGAGACACUGUUUGCGCUCGUGGUAUCAGGUGUAAGGCGACCGUUAGUUGACGCCGCGGAUUUUCUGUCCCUGGUGUUCUCGUCUAACGUCGCUUGCCUAUCUUUCAGUCAGGAUGUCUGCCCGCGGCCCGGCUAUCGGCAUCGACCUGGGCACCACUUAUUCUUGCGUGGGGGUCUUCCAACAUGGCAAAGUGGAGAUUAUCGCCAACGACCAGGGCAACCGCACCACUCCCAGCUACGUGGCCUUCACCGACACCGAGCGCCUCAUUGGCGACGCCGCCAAGAACCAGGUGGCUAUGAACCCCACCAACACCAUCUUCGACGCCAAGAGGCUGAUUGGACGGAAGUUCGAGGACGCCACAGUGCAGUCGGACAUGAAACACUGGCCGUUCCGGGUGGUGAGCGAGGGAGGGAAGCCCAAAGUGCAGGUGGAGUACAAGGGAGAGAUCAAGACCUUCUUCCCAGAGGAGAUCUCUUCCAUGGUCCUCACUAAGAUGAAGGAGAUCGCCGAAGCCUACCUGGGGGGCAAGGUGCAGAGCGCGGUCAUUACCGUCCCGGCCUAUUUCAACGACUCACAGCGCCAGGCCACCAAGGACGCAGGCACCAUCACGGGUCUCAACGUGCUGCGCAUCAUCAACGAGCCCACAGCGGCGGCCAUUGCCUACGGCCUGGACAAGAAAGGCAGUGCAGGAGGCGAAAAGAACGUGCUUAUCUUUGACCUGGGCGGCGGCACCUUCGACGUGUCCAUCCUGACCAUUGAGGACGGCAUCUUCGAGGUGAAAUCCACGGCCGGCGACACUCACCUGGGCGGCGAGGACUUCGAUAACCGCAUGGUGAGCCACCUGGCUGAAGAGUUCAAACGCAAGCACAAGAAGGACAUUGCGCCCAACAAGCGCGCAGUGCGGCGGCUCCGCACCGCCUGUGAGCGCGCCAAGCGCACCCUCAGCUCCUCCACACAGGCUAGCAUCGAGAUCGACUCGCUCUACGAAGGUGUGGACUUUUACACGUCAAUCACCCGCGCCCGCUUCGAGGAGCUCAACGCUGACCUGUUCCGCGGGACCCUGGAGCCUGUGGAGAAGGCGCUGCGCGACGCCAAGCUGGACAAGGGCCAGAUCCAGGAGAUCGUGCUGGUUGGUGGCUCUACCCGCAUCCCCAAGAUCCAGAAGCUGCUGCAGGAUUUCUUCAACGGCAAAGAGCUGAACAAAAGCAUCAAUCCCGAUGAAGCCGUGGCCUACGGAGCAGCGGUGCAGGCAGCUAUCCUCAUCGGAGACAAGUCAGAGAACGUGCAGGACCUGCUGCUACUCGACGUGACCCCGUUGUCGCUGGGUAUCGAGACGGCUGGCGGUGUCAUGACCCCACUCAUCAAGAGGAACACCACAAUCCCCACCAAGCAGACGCAGACCUUCACCACCUACUCAGACAACCAGAGCAGCGUGCUGGUGCAGGUGUACGAGGGCGAACGGGCCAUGACCAAGGACAAUAACCUGCUGGGCAAGUUCGACCUGACCGGGAUUCCCCCCGCGCCCCGCGGCGUCCCCCAGAUUGAGGUCACCUUCGAUAUCGAUGCCAACGGCAUCCUCAACGUCACCGCCGCCGACAAGAGCACCGGUAAAGAAAACAAAAUCACCAUCACCAACGACAAGGGUCGUCUGAGCAAGGACGAUAUUGACCGGAUGGUGCAGGAAGCGGAGAGGUACAAAUCGGAAGAUGAAGCCAAUCGCGACCGUGUCGCCGCCAAAAACGCGGUGGAGUCCUAUACCUACAACAUCAAGCAGACGGUGGAAGACGAGAAGCUGCGGGGCAAGAUUAGCGAACAGGACAAAAACAAGAUCCUCGACAAGUGUCAAGAGGUGAUCAAUUGGCUCGACCGAAACCAGAUGGCAGAGAAAGAUGAGUUCGAACACAAGCAGAAAGAGCUGGAAAGAGUGUGCAACCCCAUCAUCAGCAAACUUUACCAAGGCGGCCCUGGCGGCGGCGGCGGGUCUGGAGCCUCCGGGGGACCCACCAUCGAGGAAGUGGACUAAGCUUGCACUGCAGUCAGCGUAAACCUCUUUUCCUUUCUUUCUUUUUUAUUAUUUUAACUUAAUCUUUAUUGUAUUUUUUCCCCAUUACCAUUUAGCUCCCUUAUACCUUCUCUUCCCCCUCUUUAUUUUUCCCCCUUUGUUUUUGUUUCUUCUUUGAAAUGUCCUUGUGCCAAGUAGAGAUCUAUUUUUGGAAGUCUUUAGCUGGGUGUAAACAUAGGAAAGGAAAGGAGCAACAACUUAGUUUAAUUAGAAAAGGUUAGUUCUAAAGUUUGAGUUUUAAAAACAUUAUUUGAGGUUUCUUUUAAAUGCAUUUUGCUUGUUUGCUGACUUGAGUAACUUAGUUUAGAUGGGAAACCUGAAGUUUGUGCACAUGUUCUAUGGAAGCUUGGUAACAAUAUAUAGAAACUUGGUUGUUUAUUUUUAUGUGCUAAGGAGGAAAGUCAAUAUUGCAGUAAAGUCAAGAGAAUAAGCAUUCUUUUUGCACACAAUUGCAUAAAUACAAAUUUAAAGUAAAGCUGGAAUUGAUCUCAAAAUUGCUGUCUUGGAGUUUUCAAUUUUCCCUUUGUACUGUUUUACCCAUGUUGAUCUUUAAGAUAUUAGUAUGAGGUGAAAUUUAUCUAAUGCAAUCUUGUCUAAUUCUCAGAUGAGGUUCCUGCUUUGAAUUACCUACAGCUUAGUUGGAGAAGAUCUGGGUAAACUGCCCCCUCUCCUUGAACACAGAAACCAGACUGGGAUCUUCCAGUGUACCCAUAUUCCUAAGGCUUGACUUAAGUGUUCAAGUGAAAAUCCACCUGAAUAUUCCAUUAAAAUGCAAGCUAUAUUCUGUGGUUAAGUGUAAAAUGAUCCUUUAAAUUAACAAAAGCUGGGGCAGGAGUUGUCUUCUGAUAAUAACCCAAAGUAGUAAGAAACAAAUUGCUUUCUGUGACAUACAAAUGCCUGAAACAAGAGCCAGUAGGCAAACUUUAAAGCCACUUAAUUGUGAAUCCAAAUUUAGUCAAACUUGUUUUAACUUUCUAGUGAAAAAAAAAACAGCUCAACUUCUGAGCUUAAGGCGAAUUCCACAAGGAUGUGUUUCCAGCAGGUACAAUAUCUAGGGGGGUAGAAGGAGAUAAUGUAGAUUCCCCCCCCACCCUGAUUUAAGAAUCAUUAUGAUUUUGCAAUACCUGCCUUAAAUCACUAGAAUAGAUUUCCUUUUUAAAGGCAAAAUGCAACAUAGUUCUGUAUUUUGUUAAUAUACAACUUGUCCAUUUUCCUGUAUAUUUGAUUUGAUAUGAAUAUCACAACCCUUGGGAAUCCACUAUCCUGGGCUUUAAAAUCCACAUCCUUGAGAGAAGGAGUGUUCAUGUUUAUUUUUUGUGGAAUUACACUUCGGCUUUAUUCUGAUUUAUUCUCUUUAAGGGGAACUUGGGAGAAAUUCUGUAAAGCUGAUUGGAAAAUGCAUAGUUAACCUAAUGUUUUCACCAUACAUAUACAUUUUGAUAUCUCUUUCCAAGUGAUGUAGAUUUGCUUCAUGUUCAUAAGAUAACAGUGAAUUAUAGAAACUAUAUUUUUAAUUUAGUAGUGGACCGUUCUUUAUCAUGCAGAGAGAAUUAAAACUAGGGAACAAAUUAGCCUAAAAUUGGGCUUUGAUAGUGACCCUCACACAAGAGAUGACUCAUGUACAUAGACUGCUCCCCGGCCCCCGCCUGCCCCCAAGCUCCAAGCAGGUCUCAUUUGGGCAGGGGCUGAAGAUAAAAAAGCAAUUGUGAAAUUGCUUCAAAGUAAACUUUCAAAAAUUACACUGAAAAGCUGAAGAUAACUUGGGGUUUUCAGUGCUGGUGCCAAGCUGGUGGAAAGAUUUCAGUGAGGAGAUAUUAUGGUGUUUCAUUGACUGCAGAUAAUACUACAUAAAUAUUUGACAAACUACCUAGUUAUUAAGAAAACAGGUCCUGAGUAGCCUUAGAGUGACUUUGAGCAUUACCUUUUACCAAGAUAAUACACAUGCUAUUAAACUUCUAUUAGUUCUUUAUUUGUUGAAAGUGUUUAUCCCUUGCCCUAACUUCAAAAUGUAAUGGAGUCUUUCUGUAAGUGUAAUUUGGUAUUAGUAUGACUCAUUUUAGACCUCACUUUAGUAGAUAUUAGUUUCUAACGUAUCAGAAAAAUGACCAGAUGUAGUCUCUUUAAUCCUGUGCCCAGGCCUCUGGUAACUGGCUAUAACACUAAUUUUAACCUAUGUAGAUACUUAUUUUCUAUUAUUUUGAAAAGUAAUUUGUGAAACUCUUAGCCUUCUUGAGUGUUUUUUUAUUUAAUUCUGUCUUCUCAAAUUUAUCUAGAUCUGAAUAUUAUUAAGAUAAAGCCACCAAAGCAGCCAUUCAAUGUUUCCAGGGGUCAGUUGAAACUAGUAACCCAAUAACCCCUGGGAACUCCUUAGCAAAUGUUAGAUCAGCUAUAGUCAAAUGACAAUGGAAAAAGUACUUUAUGUUAGGACAAGGCUAAAUUACAGUUUAAGAAUUAAUUAAGCAUCAGUUGAACUUUAAGGUAGUGAAUUAUGUUAGAGACUAGUGGUCAUUUAUUACUAAAGCAAAUACAAUACAUGUUGAAUACUAAGGGAUUAAAAAAUACGUUUCUCAGAAUAGACACUUAAAUUCUGCUUACCAGAAUGUCUAAUUCACAUAGUUGUCCUUGUUUUGAGGCAAUAACACCAGAUACCUGUUCAAAUAAGACAUAAUAGAAUGUUUACAGUAUUUGAGAUGUGUGGCAUUUCAAAACAAGCUCACUCUAAAUUUGUUUAUAGUAUAAAUUUGAUAUGUAUAAUGGAAAUUCAUGAAAACUUAUACAUUAGGAGAUAUUAAUACUACAUAUUUAAACUUAACAUGUAUAAUAGGAUAUUUAAUGAAUCAUCUAAUUACUGUGUCAGGGAGACUAAAGGAGAAUUUCUUUAUCCUAUAUAUAAUCUUAAGUAGGAAUACAACCUAGUUAUUUAAAUAAAAUCAAAAGAUUUCUUUAUAUGAAGUUCAAGUAGUAGGCCCAUGAUAAGGCCUUCACCUAUUUUAAAUAGAAUGUAGUUUAUAAAAGUUGUGAGGCAUUUUCCUCUUCCUUGAACACUGCAAUUAAAGUUUUAAAGAAUCUCAAAUCCAUAUAUUAUAAGACAAUUGCUAA